AUGGCGUCUUCGUAUCAGGGUUCCGUUAGUGCUGCCCAGGUGGGUUCUUACUUCGUUGGACAGUACUAUCAAGUUCUUCGUCAGCAGCCCGAUCUUGUCCAUCAGUUCUACUCCGAUUUAAGCUCGAUGAUUCGCGUAGAUGGUGAUUAUACCGAGAAUGCGUCUGAUGUGUUGCAAAUUCAUAAUAUUGUUACAACGUUGAAUUUUUCGGCAAUUGAGAUCAAGACAAUCAAUUCUCUUGACUCUUGGAAUGGAGGAGUGGUUGUGAUGGUUUCGGGCUUUGUUAAGAUCAAAGAUGCCAAUAGGAGGCAGAGAUUUGUUCAAACCUUCUUUCUUGCACCUCAGGAGAAGGGUUACUUUGUGCUCAAUGAUAUAUUUCAGUUUGUUGAGGAUGAAGUAGUGCAUCAGAAUCUGAUACCGGUGACAUCUGAGAGGAUUGAAUCACAGCCUCAUGUUUCUGCUUCUUAUGCUGAACCACCAGUUUCGGACUAUGGUUUUGAGGAAGAAGCAAGAGAAUAUAUCAACACAGUUCAUAUUGAUGAUGAUCCAGUGGACAAGUAUAGUCUUCCUGAGCAGCAGCAGCAGCAACUACAAGAAGAUCUCGAGGCUGAAGUUGUGGUGGAGGAAACUCCUACACUGGAGGCAUAUCAACCGGUGCAUAAUGUUGCUCAUACUAUCCGUGAAACCCCUGUUGCUCUUGUGGAAGAGUCUUUUGAGGAGCCUGCUAAGAAAACUUAUGCAUCCAUUUUACGUGUCUCCAAAGGCCAAUCGGUGUUGCCCACCGCACCCGAACAUGCCCCACAGCAUUCUUUUCAAAGUGCUCCUCCUUCAGAGUUUAAUCAUGUGACACAGCAGCAGGCUGUGGUGCAGCCUGCUUAUCAGCAGUCAAGCCCAGCAUCUGCCUAUGUUUCAGAGUCGGGGGCUGAUGCAGCAGUGGAAGGCUACAGAUUUGACCAAGAAGAAGUAACAUCUGUCUAUGUAAGAAACCUGCCUGCUGAUAUUACCGAAGCUGAGAUUGAACAGGAGUUUAAGAAUUUCGGCAGAAUUAAGCCAGAUGGAAUAUUCGUAAGGGUCAAGCAGGAAAUUGGAGUUUGCUAUGCAUUUGUGGAAUUCGAAGACGUUAUUGGCGUUCAAAAUGCGCUUCAGGCUUCUCCAAUACAUAUGGAUGGAAGACCAAUAUACAUUGAGGAGCGAAGACCAAGCACUAGCAGUGCCACUCGAGGAGGAAGAGGAAGGGGAAGAGGCAGAGGCAGUUAUCCAACAGAUUCUCCAAGAGGGCGCUUUGGUGGUAGGAGCUCUGGAAGGGGAUAUUAUCAGGAUACUUCAGACUAUACCAGACCCAGAGGCGAUGGUUAUGUUCAGUAUGGUUCACGAUAG